CUCUCUCUUACGCACACAAAUAAUAAUUUGCUUUAUUAAAAUGACCGAUGAAUAAGAAGGACGAAGUUAAAGAAUCAAUUGAGAGGUGUCAGCGUUUAGAGGGAGAUGUAAGUGAAGGUUUCCUGCAGGUGAAGAAAUUCUCAGAAGCUCCAGAAGUUCAAACAGAACAACAUGACGACUGAAAGAGAGGGGAAACAAUAUUUCCUGCCCCCUUCAGUCCUGCGGUUGACGGCAGAGUCGAGCCACCAGCAGUGAGUGGCGGAACAGUCUCAGUUGGAGGAAAAAAGCCAGUCAGUGGGUGGUAAACCUACAUGAUGUCCCCCUCCUGAACUUAUCAAUUCAUUGUCCGUCCGUGCUGCGCCGAACGGGUUUCUCGUUUUUUUCUAUUAUUUAGAUGCGAAAAUGCCGAGCGCACUGAGGCACCGUGAAAAAAGCGCACCGGUGGAUGCAGACCGCUUGUGCGUAUUGGAACGGGGUAAUUUGUGACCACGUUUGAAGCAGCCUCACACACCGCAUUCCAGGGAAGAAGAAGACGAAGAAGAAGCGGCAGUUUGUGGAUAAUAAUCCUCAUUCAGAAAAAAAAAACCUUUUAGACCGGUGUGCGCCCUCAUCAAUGGCGAGUCGAGGCUCGAAUUGCCGAAAAACGCGCAUACAUGGAGCGAGAGCGCAGAAGUGAUGACUGCCUCGGGUGAACUAUAACUCCCGUCCAGACAGGCUGAGAUCAAGGCUCGGUGCUGGGGGAAAAAUGUAAGAAUUGAGCUUUCUGUGUGCAACGAAGGCUCCUACACUUGAAGCCUUUGCCUGAAUUUGAAGCUUCUAAGGGGAUAACUGUUGGAUUUUUUUUCCUUUCGAUGUUGCAUCUCAGAUUUACGCAUUUUCCUCUCAAAUAUGGAGCAACCCGAAGAGAGAUCAUCUUAAAUCGCGACAACUUUAUCACUUCUCCGAUGUCUAGGAUAUCUAUUGAGUCACUCUACUGCGGGACUUCGUUCAUCGAUACAACCAGGAGAGGAGGAGGGGGAGAAAAAGAAGAAAUAAGCGUCUUGAAAUCCGCACUGGGUUGUGCAGUGAAAUCUAAUCAGGGUUGAUGACCAAGAAGUAAUAAGAGGGGGACUUGAUGAAAAAAAAAGUUGAAUUUGAAUCGAGCUGGACGGUAAAAAAUAACCCCACCUCUGAAGCUCAAUUUAUGGAUGAUGGUCUGCCCAUGCGAUCUAAAUGACGAGCUUUUCAAGGAUGGAUCUACCUGGACACUGACCACACGAGGUUCUCUCUGAGCUCUGCGUGUUUUUUUUUUUUGGAGAGGUCACUUUUGAAGCAUAUCAUUUAGAUCGGAUAGAAUACAUAUAUAUGCGUGUAUGUGUGUGUGUGUAUGUGUGUGUGUGUGUGGAAGAAAACAGUGUUGCAUUCACCCUAACUCAUCAUUUGGAGAAAAAUCUGGGACCACAGUGGGUUUGCAUCGGGAGAGUAGUUUCAACAAUGGCACUUGUGGGUGCCUUCGCCUUACGUGCGCCCUGAAGAAAAUUAAAAAAAAAGAGAAAGAGGAAGGAAAUAUCCGAUGCAUUAUCAUCACUGUGAGAGUUAAUAGCAUGUCAUCCGGACUAAUGUGUGGAUUACAUACCACGUCGUUUUGAGAGUGUGGAAACGCAAUGAGUCUGACAAGAAAGUGCCACCGCGGAUUCUGCAAAAUCGCUUGAGAAUUGCGGAUUUUUUUUCUCUUCUUCUCUGAUGCAGUUUUUUGGGGAGGGAGUGGAUCGUUCUCCGUCUAAAGCAGAGAUCCUCCAGACCUUGGCGUCUUCGUGAAUAAGGCCAGAGUUAUGGUGGACUGCCAUUUAACAUGAGGUUGGAACUGUGAUUGAACCGGCAGUGGGCCCACAUCCUCUUUCAAAAGAGUGCAAGACCAGUCAAUGAAUUAUGAAUGUUAAACAAGAUGACCUCCUCUCAGCAGCAGCAGAUGAUGCGAGGUCCUAGGUGGAACCGGGCCUUAUCCGACCCUUUGUUUGUGCUGCUCCUGGCCCUCCAGCUGCUGGUGGUGGCAGGUCUGGUUCGUGCUCAGACGUGUCCCUCUGUAUGCUCCUGCAGUAACCAGUUCAGCAAAGUCAUCUGCACCCGCAGAGGUCUGCGGGAUGUUCCCGAUGGGAUCUCUACCAACACACGCUACCUGAAUCUGCAAGAAAAUCUCAUUCAGGUCAUAAAGGUGGAUAGCUUCAAGCACCUGAGACAUCUGGAGAUUCUGCAGCUGAGCAAAAACCACAUACGCAAAAUUGAGCUUGGGGCCUUCAAUGGACUGGCCAGCCUCAAUACCUUGGAGCUUUUUGAUAACCGCCUCACCACCAUCCCAAACGGGGCAUUUGAGUACCUGUCCAAAUUAAAGGAGCUUUGGCUGAGGAAUAACCCCAUAGAGAGCAUCCCCUCCUAUGCUUUCAACAGAGUGCCCUCAUUACGGAGGUUGGACCUUGGGGAGCUCAAACGGCUCUCCUACAUAUCUGAGGGGGCCUUUGAAGGGCUGAGCAAUCUGCGCUACUUAAAUCUGGGAAUGUGCAAUCUGAAGGAAAUUCCCAACCUUAUUCCCCUGGUAAAGCUGGAUGAACUAGAGAUGUCAGGAAACCAGCUAUCUGUCAUCCGGCCUGGUUCAUUUAAAGGGCUUAUCCACUUGCAAAAGCUAUGGAUGAUGCAUGCCCAGAUCCAGACCAUAGAAAGGAACUCCUUUGAUGACCUGCAGUCACUUGUGGAGCUCAAUCUAGCUCACAAUAACCUUACCCUCUUGCCCCAUGAUCUCUUCACUCCUUUACAUCACCUGGAGAGGGUGCAUUUGCACCACAACCCAUGGAAUUGUAACUGUGACAUUCUCUGGCUAAGCUGGUGGCUUAAGGAGAUGGUACCAGCAAACACAAGCUGCUGCGCUCGAUGUAGCUCACCGUCCCACCAUAAGGGACGAUACAUUGGCGAGCUGGACCAGAAUUACUUUCACUGUUAUGCUCCUGUUAUUGUGGAGCCUCCCGCAGACCUAAAUGUGACAGAAGGAAGCGCUGCAGAAUUGAAAUGUAGAGCCAGCUCCUUGACCUCAGUGAGCUGGAUUACACCCAAUGGUUCCAUCAUGACACACGGUGCAUACAAGGUCAGAAUCUCUGUGCUUAAUGAUGGUACACUGAACUUUACCAAUGUAACCAUGCAGGACACAGGCACAUAUACGUGUAUGGUCAGUAAUUCCGCAGGUAAUACAACAGCAUCUGCCACACUCAAUGUGUCCUCCACAGAGAACAGCAGUUUCAGCUACUUCACCACAGUGACAGUGGAGACAAUAGAGACACCACAUAAUGAAGGCUUCACCACGACUGUGCAGCAGAAAGUGGGCCCCACACCCUCUGGUGGUACAUGGGAGUCUAUUUCACCCACCUCUACAACAACCACCACGGUCCGAAUUCCACUGUCCACCCGUGUCACAGAGAAGACUUACACGAUCCCUGUCACGGAGCGGGGCGGAGAGGGCUCGCUGAACGGCUUGGAUGAGGUGAUGAAGACGACCAAGAUCAUCAUAGGCUGCUUCGUAGCAAUCACGCUCAUGGCAGCUGUCAUGCUGAUAAUCUUCUACAAGAUGCGCAAACAGCACCACCAGCAGAACCACCACGCACCCACACGCACCAUUGAGAUCAUCAACGUGGACGAGGACUGUGUAACGGGAGGCCCGGGCAUGGAGGGCCACCUGACUCUGCCUCCUCUCGAGCAUGAGCACCUCAACCACUAUAACACCUACAAGACUGCAUACAACCAUGCCUCCACUAUCAAUUCCAUACACAGCUCAGCGCACGAACCUUUGUUAAUCCGGGCCAGCUCAAAAGACAAUGUACAAGAGACCCAAAUCUAAUACUUUUGUCAGACAUAAUAAAACUGAUGGAAUUACAUACAGGCAUUACUGACAGGACAUUAGUGACUAUUGGUUGUGAGGACUGUGGCUCAAACAUGGAGGAACAGACUCGUGUGUUUGGCGAAUCAGUGGCUGGUGACUUUAUUUCAAUGACUUUGGGAAUUAGAGUAUGUCUACUGUUUCAAAAAGUGUCUUUACAAAACAGAAGUUAUUUAUUUAAGAAAAAAUAUUGUGGUUAAAUCAAGAAAAAACUGUAUUCUGCAAUUAUUUUUUCAGCACUUAAUUCAUGUUUUUUUUCCUUUUCUUUUCUUCCUCUCAUGUCACUAAUAUGCUUUAAAACUCUGUUGGAAGACAUCUGUCCAAGAAAAAAAAUCCUGAAGCAAAUCAUUGUUUCUUUUAUAUUCCUUUUUUUGGUAUAACUGUCAAUUUUUGGAUCAGAUGAGAUAGUAACCUCAUUUUCCCCAUGUAUCAAAGAAAUCUAGAGCACAUUAGUGAUUUUCUCCAGCUGUGGAUUAAGUGAUGAAAUCUUUUGUGACCAUCUGUAACUGAGAUGAAUUAAACACUUGUUCAUCAUUUUGCAGUGAGUGGCAGAACCGUUAGUGAUGAAAUUUGAUCAUAAUUCACUGUUUAAUUAUAACUGUCACAUACAUUAAGCACUCUCUGCUCCGUCAUCAACAGACUGAGGAUCUUAAAUGAGGGGAAUACAUCCUGCCUUCUGCUAUUGUAAAAGUCAAGGCUUUCUACUUUAGAAGUGCAUCUUUCAAGAGUCUAUUGACCCGUCUUUGUGUUUCUAAUGUAUAUGCAAAAUAUACUUUUAUCCCUCAUCCCAAUCUGUGUUGACUCAAGUACCCGGCCACUCAGACAUCUGAUUCUUCUUCUUCUUUUGAUUAUUACAUGCAAUCAAUUGCAUUAAGAUCCUCUGAUAUUCGGAAGGUCAUGAUACAGAAGCAGCCUUCUUGAGUACUUUAGAAAUAACAUAAUUGUGACUGAAAAGGAUGAGAAUGAUGUCUGUGUAGUUUUUUUUUUUUUUUUUUUUUUUUAAAUUCUGGUGAAAAUCCAAGGCCUCCAAUGUUUCCAGUGUAUCAUGGCUUCACCUUUACCUUACAGUGCUUUGUACUGUUGCAUAUGAAAAUGAUUGCUUUGAAGCCACUUUUUUUUUUUUACAUGCUGAGACCCCUUACCUCAUCUGCAGUACUGCGGGAGCACUGUCAGAAGCAGACUGAUGAGCUGAAGAAAGAGCUUAAACCCUUUAUACAGCUGUCUGAGCACAUCGCCUGUCAUCUGUGUGCCACAUUUCCACAUGGGCAGUGCUUGGCAGCCCCAGAUUCACACCCUGCCCCUGCCAACCACAGGACUUGGCCCUGCGUGGCAAGGCUUGUGCUGCGAGAGGCUUUAGGGAUGAAUGUGUGGGAUCGGGCAUCAACCAGAUGUUUGGGUUGCACCUGCCUCUCUCCCCAUCCCUUUGUGACAACACAAUUUACAUUUUAAUUGAUGUGCCCGUGGGCUUUGGAUGGACACAGCUCUGCAGGCACCCAUACCCUGGAAACCAUUUCAAAGUCCCUACUGUAAAAAGUGGUGCCAGGAACCAUAAAUGCAGUGGUUAGGCAGACAUUUGGCAGAUGUCCCUGGGUUUAUUUUUAGCAAGUAAGUGCAGUUUUUGCUUAACGGUAAAAUAUAUAGCAAAGGUCAGGCCACUGUCAUGCUUAACUCAGUUUUGUGUUUUUAUUACAUUAAGGUAAUGUAACACACAGGAGAAUCCCUCACAAAAAUUGCAGCUACAGAUUGUGUCGCGCACUUUCUGUGGAUCCACUAUCCAUAUCACUAACCCCAAAGAAGGUACUCCACCUAAGACUUGUAUGAUGUUGUGUGUUUCAAACUUUCAUCUUUAGUAGGCCUGAAAAGCAUUUGAAAGAUGCAGUGCUGACCAAGUUUCAGAUUACUGGUGGUUAGGAAGGACUCCACCGGUGGUUUUCACAGCAGAAUUUCAACAAACCCACACAAACUUCCCAAACUACGCCUGCUGCAUAAUCAGCCUCUUUGCAGCAUGUGCGUGCUCAUCUUGUUUCAGUCACAUAAUUCACCAAAAUAUGGAUAAAAAACAGCUCAAUUUUUUUUCACUGUUACGGCUGAAAAGAAGCAAUGUUCACGGUCUCUGAAUGUUUAGGCACCUGCCUCCUGCUUUUCCAUUGGCCAGAACCACUUUAAACUGUACAAGCCUCAUUCCAAACUCCCUGAAUAUGAAGCAGAAUACAGCAGAGUAUUAUUUUGAUUACAGUUAAUUGUCUGUCAUUUCAGAGUAAAGACAAACCGGCAGGUAGUUGUAACUCCAAACCCUCUACAGUCACAUUUAAAGGCUACAUGAAGUGUUUUCUUCGCAAAAUUACACACUUUAACCUGAAAAUACUAAAAUGUUACACUCCGAAGCUUAAAGUUUCAGCAUUUUUCAAGUACAAAAAUAAAUAUGAUUCAGCUUAUAUCAAAUCUUAAUGGAAUUAAACAAUAAUUGUCUAAAGCCCUAUUUGCACAGAACUAGUAUUACCUGGGGUACCAGUGAUCGUUAAUAAAACAAUCGCAUAGAUUGUAUACGUUAAUAAUCAAUGUCUAUAUUCUAUAUUAUGUGUUAUGUAAAAACACUGCAGCAAAUUACCCUCCAUGUUUUGCCUAAUACAGAGGACAACUAAUAAUGUUAGUUAUGCUGGGAACAGCAUAAUUUCAUUUAGUUACAUAUUUUUCUUCCUCUGCCAGAUAAAGGAUUACAGAGGUUUAAGUAGAAAUUAUUAAUGGGAGCUCUGAUACCAUUUGAGAUGCAAAUGCAGGUGGCUGUUGUAUUUACACAGUAUGGAGACCCGACUGUAUGUUUCAAGAUAAUUUGACAAUGAAGAUAGUCCUAAUUUGUCCUGUAAAUUUGAGUGAGUUAGUAACUCAUUGUGACUAAUAUGUGCUGCACACAACACCGAUGUGGGGAAUAGAUUUUGAAAUAAAAUGAGGUUCCCAGGAAGUAUUAGCCCAUACUGAGAUAACAGAUUACCCCAUAUCAUGCUUUUUGUCACCACCUGGACACUAUUCAUCCCAUAAUUGCACUUGUCUUGAGCCGGGCACAUUUGUAAACCAUAGAAGGACCUGUGUGUGUGUCAUUAUUCUGUGUUUAAAUUCAUUCUGGUGGGAUAUGGAUCACAGUUUUAUUCACUUUAUGUUGGAGACUAUUACCAUCUUCCCCUUUUGCCUUUAGUUGGAGGUAAAUCGUCUGAAAAUUUCAAUGGUAAAUUUGUUGCGUUUUAGUCAAGCUGUCUCAUGUAUGUAAGAUAUCUAAAUAUUUUUGGUCAAUAUUCCUUUUUUUUCCACAUUCUUUUCUUUUUUCUGAGAGGGAAUGCUGUUCUAGUGGUAGAUUUAUAUGAAAUACAUUUUGAGAAUAAAAUAAAACAAAAACAAAAAUUUUUAAAUUUUGAUUUUACAUGUGCCAACAAAACCUGUUCUAAAAGUGAAAAAAAAGAGUAACAUGCUGUAAAAGAAUAAGAGAUUGAUUUUAAUGUAAGCAUUCUUUCAUGACCUUUAAAAGAUAUGGAGACCGAUUAUAGAGACCAGACUUUGUAGUUCAUACACAAAAUAUGGUUAAAAUAAACUAUUGUUGUUUUUC